UGGGCUGGAGUGUAACAAUAGGUUUAGUCUGCGCAAUUGUCCAUCAUUUGAUUCAUGAGACUGUCUUCAAAACUGGUCAGUAUUGAUCUUUAAAAAGAAAUUCAAAGAUGCUGGAGUAAACGCAGACAUUUACUUACACCCCUCGUUACAGUGAGCAUUGGUACAGUCCAAAUAACGGCUCGAUCUGUGAGCCAUCUGCACUGGACAAGCUAGCUAAGGUAGGCUAUCGUGGCAUCAAAGUAAAACAUGAUGAAAAAGGAGUAAAUUAAGUUGAAUUAAAUUCCUCAGAAAGCGUUUUAAUAAUUCAUUGCAUUACUGAAAGGAUAAUGUCGACCGUACCUGCCUGUUUACUAUAAUGGGGUUUGGAAACUGACUUCAUAAACCAAGGAUUUCAGAAUAAUUAACCUACAAUGGCCAGGGUAGGAAGGAAAACAAAAAAAACAAAAAAACAUUUAAAGGAAAAUUUUAAAAUCCUUUAAAAAAGUUAUUAAAAGUUAAAGAUACUAAAGAGAAGCAAAAACGGAAGGUUAAAAAAAGAUGAGUUUCAGAAUACAAGCAAAAAAAAAAAAAAGGUACAAUUCAAACUUGUAUACUGACAAUACAAAUACAAACAUAGGCCUAAAUGAACAUAUAAGUGUGGGUUUAGUCUAGAUAGUCAAUUUCAUUAUUUCAACAAAUUGCAUGGCAUUCAAUUGGAUUUUUUUCAAGCUUGGACUUCUGCAGAGAUAGAAGUACAGCCACUUUGCAGAUGUGGAAGUUGUUGCUGUUAACAAGAUUAAAAUAAGUUAAGGGUGAAGUGUUGCUCCCCUCUUGUCUUGAUCUUGUUUCCGUAAGGAGAGACAAGUUAAAGAAGAAAAAAACAGUUAUAUCUCAUAACAAUCAUCAAGUUGAUGUUGCUUGACUUAAAGUCUUUGGCGUGUGGACUCUGAGGGGGAUUGUGAGAUCAGAGGAUGACUGGUCUGAGCUGCAGCAGGAAAUGCUUACCUUUUGGGUAGAAGGUCGGACUUCGCUUUUCACAUUAAAAAUAUUUAAAACUGUUCAAUUGCCAGGAGCAAAGUAACUUUGAGAUUAAAGGGAGAGUAUUGAGAUGGAUUAUAACCAAGUCCAAGUUAGUUGCUGUGGUUCAGUCUGCCAAAUUCAAAAAGCUUCUCUUAACUUUGAAUGUGUUCUUGACGAAGAAACGUCCUCCAAGAAACCACAGGAAACAAUGCAGCUGAUAAUUUGACUGAGCAUGAAGACUACUUUGCAAACAUGGACAGUAGAUGAUGUCAAACUAUUUGCAAUGGGAUGAUUUACAGUCAAGUCAGCACAGCGAAGAGACCGAAGAUGCCGGGUUAUUUGUUUAGGCAAACCUUCGCCGUAAACGACUUCCCAGUGAGAUUGGCAUUACUGCUGUUUUCUUGACACUUUGGUUUAUUCAAAAGACUAAGCAAAGGAGUCACUCUGAUUUUCGGAGAACUUUGAAGACAUAUGACAGAAUAUAAGACAUAGAGAGCAAACGCGGUGAAACUUUGGAUGAGCAUUCAAAGACCAAGAAGUAAGUCACUUCCAUAAUCUCUUUUUCACAAGCUGCUGUGUUUAUUGUUUUAAUGCAGAAAGUUUUAAUGAAGCCAGAGCAGUUUCUUUUCAUUAGCAUUUCUUUUAAAAAGUCAUUGGUUGUCUGUUACAUCUCAGUGCCUUGUGUACCAUUAUAUGACUUAUAUUGUGUGAUGUUCUCUAUAACCUGUUAUAGUCACUGGAGUUUUUAGUAGCCAUUAAACUGACUUGAACAUGCAACACAUAUAAACUGAAACACAAACAAGUGUCCUAAGCUAGAGAAGUGUCAGAGUGAGGGAGCUAUCAACUCAAACUAUUGUCUAAUUUGAUGUAUUAAUUAAGUUUUUUCUUAUAAACAGAUAUGGAUGAGAUGUAUCUGCUGCUGCUUCUGUCAGGUAGGUGUUUUCUGCAUUCAAGAAUCAAAAUUUGUCUUACAGCCAUCAAAAAUGUAAGUUGGGAGAGAUUUUCAUAAACUGUUGGACUAUUUGCUCAUGCAGUUGUUGACAAAAUGGUCCCCUCCCUGCUUGUUAAUGACUGAGCCUUUUGAGGAUGCUCCUUUUAUACCCAAUCAUGACCCCCACUUGUUUCCAAUCAACCUGCUCACCUGUGGAAUAAUCCAAACAGGUGUUUUUGGAGGAGUCCUCGGCUGUGUCCGAAAUGAAUCACUCAAUCCCCAACCCCUAACCCCCAUAUGGGGUUUCACUAUAUAGCUGACUAUGUAGUGAGCUCAAUCACCAGACACUACAUGCAUGACGGGAUGCCCACCACCCGUGAGUGACCAUCGGAUGGUCACUACAUUUUGCAAUGCUCUGUGAGAAAUCUUGAGUCGCCUAUAUGGGGCAUUGGAAUUGAUCACUUAGGUUUCGGACACCCCUCAAAAUGGCGCUCACCCCAAUAAAGUUGCCCAUAUAGGGGUUAGGGAUCCAUUUCAUACACAGCCCUAAUUUUUCCCAGUCUUCUAUUGACUCUUUUCCCACCUUCUAAUAGAGCAUUUCAAGGAUAGAAGAAGUUGUAUUUUUUAUAAAUUUCUUCAUGUAAUUAAAAAGGUUUCCUCCAUUUAUUCUCAUUUCUCCCUCAGGCCUGUGUUCCUUGUCCUCAUGUGUAAUUGAGUUCAAGCUGUUUCAAAAUCCAAUGACCUGGGAUGAGGCAAGAGCGUACUGCAGGGAGGAAUGUGUUGACCUGGCCACCGUAGACGACAUGGAAGAGAUGCAAGCUGCUCUUAAAGCUGUGAAGGGAGGAAACGGCGUGUGGAUAGGACUCCAAAAAGGAAGUCAAAGGAGGUGGCACUGGUCUCUGACACAGAAAGAUUUCUACAAAGCGGGAGAGAAGGACUACCUGAUUUGGGGGCAACAAACUGAUAACAACUGUGGCUCUUACAAAAAUGGAUUGUUGUAUUCAGUGAGCUGUGAUAGGUUAUAUUUUGCGGUUUGCUUUGAUGGUAAGUGCCAGAUUUCUCCAAUAUUACAGCACGAACAAAAAGAAUAAUGUGACAACAAAUGAGAAAGGGGAGAAGUACUGCUGAAUCUGUAUGAAAUCACACAUGAAACUAAAAGUCAUGCAUCAUAUUUCAUAAAACUCGCCUCAUUUGUUUAUUUAUUAUUAGAGACAAAACAAGGUCAGGACCGGUACGUUCUCAGCUCUGGAAAAAUGGAUUGGAUGGCUGCUCGGGAGUACUGCAGGACUCAUUAUACAGACCUGACUAGUGUGAGGAAUGAGGAAGAAAGCCAGAUACUCCAGGAAGUAGUUGGUGCCCAACAGGUGUGGAUUGGCCUCUUCAGAGACCCUUGGGAGUGGUCUGAUGGCAGCAGCUCUUCAUUCAGACACUGGAUGGCAGACCUAGUUGUCUUCACAGACCUUACAGUAAAAGAAUGUGUGAUUGUGAGAGGAAGUGGUCGAUGGGAACCACAAAAAUGCACAGAUCGGCGUCAGUUCCUCUGCUCCUGUGAGAAAAGUAAGACUUUUUUCUCUGUUUUUAAAAAAUGGACAAAAAAUAUGCUUUACAGAUGGAGUAUAAACCAUUGACAUUAUUCUGACGCCGAUCGUACUGCUGACACAUCUGAUUUGUGACAGAUGUUUGGCACUGGUAUGUCACUGAGAUAGACCAACAUUGUAAACACACUGACCAAUAUCAUAUAUCUGCAGAGUUGAAGGCUGCAGUCUCAGACCCAUAAAUCUGGGACCACAUCUCAAGGAUCCUUGUGCUGCUACACCAGCUAUGGUCAGGGUAAAGAUAGGGGUGGUGGUUAUAGUUACACACCAAAGUGGUUAUGUUGUCCUCAAGAUGAAGUCCUUGGGGAUCCACUGCACCAGAUGGUGCAUUUGCAAACACAGUCCUCAGAAAUACAGCGCUGAAUCUGCAGCCACUGGGUCUGCAGAGACAUGAUGCUUGGCUUACUGGGUUUACCCACAGUCAACUUGUUUACCUGAAAGAAACAAAAGAAGGAUCCAAAUCCUGGUCUUACAUAAUCAGGUGGACCUCAUGGAUAAAAUGUGUUUGAAGGAAGUCUUUUACUGGGUUUAGGGGGUUGUUUGUGUCUGUUUUCUUCAAUUUGGUUGAUGUCUCUUUCACUCCACUCCUUGUGCAUUUUAACAUCUCCCACUAUCUGCACCAUUUUUCUCCUAUUUUACUCUGUCUGCUCAGGUCUAGUCAGCCCUUAACCACUGAUCCUAAGUUUGUUGCUCUCCAAAGAACUCAUGAGUAAUAUUAAAAAUAUCAGCCAGGUCUCGUUUUCACCACAUUGUCAACAGGAACAUUCAGAUAUUCAGUCUUAUGAAACCUUGUUGUGAAAUGACUUGUUUGGUGUAAUUAAAUAUGUGUCUCUCUGUCUUUGGUUUCAGGUUUUAAGCAAUUUCAUAAGGUGAAAAUCAGCUCAAAGGACUCGGGACUGGAUCUAAACGAUCCUGCAGUGAAAGAGGCCAUCCUGAAACAUGUGAGUCCAAUUCAAAUGACAUUAUUUGUUAGAAUAAGAGUGAAUGUAAAUCGUCUUCAUUCAUCAUCUUAAUCAUCUAAAUUGAGUCUUAUUGAUAACUAGUUCAGCCCAGCACUUUGAACUGGGAUUUUUCUGUCUACAAGAAGUGAAAUAUUCAAAGGACACCAAGCUUAGAGCAUUUCAACCUCUGUGUUACAGAUUUUACAAGCACAUUUGCUAGAGCAACGCGCAUGCAAAUUCCAGACUGGUUCUUGCUGACCAAGUCCAGUGUGUUUGUUAACUGUUGUUUCCAUUGCAAAAAUUUAAGUGAAAUAUAUAAUCAAAAGCUAAUGAGAAGAGUGUGGACAAACUCAGACUAAUUUCAGCCUGUAUCAUAACCAGCAUUAUUUUAAUGUUGACUGUUAUACUUAUUCCAUCUCCAUACAGGUUUAAUUUUACAUUCCCAUUUUAUACCUCUGAAUGCUCUUAAUUAUCAGAAAAACAAUAUUCCUGUGUAACUAGUCCUCUUCAAUAACUCUCAAGUGAAUCUUUGACUCUUUCUUUAGCUCAAAAUCAUAAGAAAAUACAAAAGUUUGUUCUCUGUGUCUGAGCUAUCCGACCACAAUAAAUCGGGCUGUUGUGAUUCUGAACUUUUAAAUGAAUACAAUGAAGCAAUGCUUUGAUUUGUAAUUUGACUUCUGUUUCGCUCCUCAGACCAAGCAGCAGCUGAGUGGAGCCAAUGUUGGCGUCGUACAAUGGAGUAAACAUCCUGAUAAAAGAGAGCCGGAUCAGAGUAGCAGCUCUGGCUGUAAACUUUUUUAUUCAUAAGUUUUGUUUGUCUCUGUUAGUACUUGGUCACAUACCGCUGAGGAUUCACUUCAAUUAUAUCACUGAGCAGAGAGAAGACAGGUUCAUUGGACGCUGAUACAUUUAUGGUGGAACAACCAAGAAAGAGACUCAGGAGGCUAUGACUUGGAAAUCUACGAAAUUUAAGAUUUUAUAUUAUGUAAGAUAUGAAUAUGGAAAACACCACAAGCUCUGAGAGUGAUGCAAAAAAACACUGAGGACUCAAACUUGAGGUUUGGUGACUGAAUUACGACACUAACCUGUACUGACUGGCUGUUUUUGUUGGUUGCUUGUUUCCUUUAAUUUUGCUGCUACUUGAAAGUUGUAAAUCUUUAAAUUUUAAGUAUGAGUAAGGAAAUGUUUCUUCUGUUUUAUUUAUUUAUUUUUGUAAAUUAUGUCAAGUAAUGUACAUUGAUGUAAGUAUAUAAAGAGCAAAAACUUUCA